UUUCCGAUUUCCCUCCCGAAAGACAAAAGCAAGAUGGAGAGCGCCGCCGACUUGAAGACGACCCCUGUGGAUCCUCGUUUCCCCACCCAAAACCAAACCCAACAUUGCUGGGUCCGAUACAACGAAUGGGCGUUGUGCUUGAAGAAGAACGACGACGACGAAGACGCGUGCAAGCACAAGCGCCAAUACGCCAAGUCCCUCUGCCCUGGUUCGUGGCUCGAAAAGUGGGACACGGAACGUGACGAAGGCAACUUCUCGGGUGUCCCCAAGUAAAUAAUCGUGUGUACUUCGGCGGCCCUUGCUGGAUAGACGGCACCGUAGAUUGCUAUAUGCCACUAAAACGCGCUGCAAUAUUCUUGGA